CCGUCAUUCAAGUGUUCCAUUUCCCAAGAUGGGGCGAGUAUCUUCAUUGUGAAUUUGCACUUCAACACUAGCGACACCGCCAAGAGAUGCUGCACCGCUUCAUCCGCCCCCGCGGGGCUGCCGCCGCUCGCUCGUUCUCGAUCACCGCCACGUCGCCAUUGUCUCAAGCAGCAGCUGGCACGGCGGCGGCGGGCAAAAAGUUCAAUGUCGUCAACUCGCACAACGAAUGGGACCCGCUGGAAGAAGUGAUUGUAGGUCGAAUCGAAGGCUCGACGAUUCCUGAAUGGCAUGUGUCGGGGAAGGCCGUGUGGCCGUCGCGAUACUGGGAUAUGUACAAGACCCAGGCGGGCGAAUCGUUUCCUCGAGAACUCAUGGUGGAAGCCGCCAAAGAGCUGGACUACCUCUCGCAGGUCCUCGAAGGCGAAGGCGUCAAGGUCCGUCGCCCCGAGUUCAACCCCGACGACUUCAAGACCCCGGUCCAAACGCCCGACUUCAAAAGUCUCGGCGGACUGUACGCCGCCAUGCCACGCGAUGUGCUCAUUGUCGUGGGCAACGAAAUCAUCGAGGCCCCCAUGGCGUGGCGAUCGCGAUACUUUGAGUUCCGUCCGUACCGAUCGCUGCUCAAGGAGUACUUCCACGAAGGGGCCAAGUGGACGGCCGCGCCCAAGCCCCAGAUGAGCGACGCCUUGUACAACGAAGACUGGGAACAUUCCUCGGGCGACUUCAACUCGGUCGUGACCGAGUUCGAGCCCACGUUCGACGCAGCCGAGUUUACGCGCAUGGGUCGAGAUCUUUUCACCCAGCAAAGCCAAGUGACCAACAAGUUUGGGAUCGAGUGGAUGCGCCGACACCUGGGCGACGACUACCGCAUCCACGUGCUGGAUUUCAAGGACCGCAAUGCCAUGCACAUCGAUGGCACGUUUGUACCGUUGAUGGAGGGAAAACUCCUCGCCAACCCUUAUCGCCCAUGUGUGACGGGGAAGCCCGUUAAGACGUACUCGUACAAGGACAAGGAGUACGAGUACCGGUUGCCCGAGAUGUUCAAGGGGUGGGAAGUGUUUGUCGCGCCGACGCCCGAGUUGCCGCCCACGCACCCGCUAUUCUUUACGAGUCCGUGGACGGCGACGUGCAAUGUGUUGGUGGUGCGCCCGGGGGUGGUCAUCGUCGAAGCGCACGAGAAGCCUGCCCAGAGGCUGUUCAAGGAGUGGGGCUUCGAGGUCAUCCCAGUGCCAUUCCGCAACUUCAUGCCGUUUGGUGGGUCCUUCCAUUGCGCGACAUGCGACGUGCGUCGCACGGGCACGUUGAAGUCGUACUUUGACUGAUCGAAUUAAUAAAACAUGCGUUGGGUUCAAAACACCAAAGUACUGUACUGGAAUACCAACACGUGCAGUGAAUGAAUGGUAGUACGCAAGUGUGCUUGUGGGUCAAGACUGCCUGCACUGCCAGUGAAUUGCGGCCCGUGGUGAGUAGCACAAUGUAAUGACGAAUGACUUCAUUUCCCA